GAGCUAGUACUCAAGAACAAAGAUGCUAAAAUGUACACCAUAUUACGGGAAAGUGGUGAGACAAUGCAAAAGGACAGGAAGCACUGUCAUGACAGCAGUCGCGCUUUUGAGGACCGAGAGCAAGAGAAGAAAUCUGCCAGAAAACGACUGUACAUCGUCAGCGCAGUUUGUCUGGUUUUCAUGGUGGGAGAAAUCUUAGGUGGGUAUUUUGCUGGAAGUCUGGCAGUAAUGACAGAUGCUGCUCACCUGCUUGUGGACUUUGCCAGUUUCAUAAUAAGCCUGUGCUCUCUUUGGCUAUCAUCCAGGCCAGCUACAUACAGACUUAAUUAUGGUUGGCAUCGUGCAGAGAUCCUGGGUGCUCUGCUGUCUGUCUUCACUAUCUGGUUGGUGACCGGUGUGUUGGUGUAUCUGGCAGUGGAACGUCUUAUCACUGAAGAUUAUGAGAUUGAGGGCACCAUUAUGCUCAUAACUUCAGGCUGCGCUGUGCUGGCCAACAUCAUAAUGGCACUCACCUUGUUCCAGACAGGGCAUGGACACAGCCAUGGACAUGGAUCUGGAAAAAAGAUGCAGGAAAAUGCCAGUGUGAGGGCUGCCUUUGUGCAUGUGAUUGGAGACCUUCUACAGAGCAUCAGUGUGCUUAUUAGUGCUAUCAUCAUCUUCUUCAGGCCUGAGUACAAGAUUGCAGACCCUAUAUGCACCUUCCUGUUUUCUAUCUUCGUCUUGUUCACCACAUUCACCAUCUUGAGAGACAUUUUGGUGGUACUGAUGGAAGGAACACCAGCAGGUGUAAACUAUAAGGAAGUGAGAAAUCUGAUGCUCUCCAUCAAGGGAGUAAAAACUGUCCACAACCUCCACAUUUGGGCACUAACCGCCAACCAGGCUGUUCUUUCUGCCCAUGUUGCAAUAGUUGAUGAUGCAGAGCCACAGGUUGUGCUUAGAGAAAUCACACAGUCCUGCUUCACCACCUACAGCUUUCACUCUGUCACCAUCCAGUUGGAGCAGCAAUCAGACCAGAGACCAGACUGCAGCCUUUGCCAGGAUCCCAAAAUCUAAAUCCACCAGGCAUAUGCUCCCUUAAUAUCAAGGUUGAGGAGCCCAGUUAAAUAAAAAAAAAAUGCAUGUUUACCAGUCAAACUGAAGGUUCACUGAGCUACUCAAGUUUGGGCCAUAAAUCUCUUUUUCUUGAUUGUCAUCAGUGGCAAGACAAUGUGAAAAUCAAAUGUGAAUAAAUAAGAAGGCCAAUUUUCCAAAGUUAAAGGUUUUUGUGUAUUGUUAUUGAUACUCUACUGUGUUUUCCUAUUUACUAUAUGUUAU